AUGCGCAUAAGUACCCAAGAGGAAGCAGCUCGUGCUUAUGACAUAGCAGCAAUAGAGUACAGAGGCAUCAAUGCAGUGACCAACUUUGACUUGAGCACUUACAUAAGAUGGUUAAAGCCAGAAGCAGCAGGUAAUCCGAUCGGUGGUCUUGAAUCGGAGGUCGCAACAGAGCCUCAAACAGUGCCACCAAUUACAAACUAUGCACCAACAGAUCAGGAUCAAUCCCCAUUCUUGAACACUGGUAAUGCUAGUAAUUUCAUGAUCUCUGAUAAUGACUUGAAGUACCUUCCCUCAAAGCCAGAAGUAGUCUUCCAAAGCAAAACCCCUCUACUAAGCAGUCCUGGCAUUUGCACCAAGUCAGCUUCUCCAACUGCUCUCGGUCUUCUACUUCGGUCUUCAGUAUUCAGAGAACUGGUGGAGAAGAACUCAAACGUUUCAGAGGAUGAAACCGACGGUGAAGAGAUCGCAUAUAACCAGACGCAGGUUGGUUGCGAUAGUGAUGAUCAGUAUGAUGGAUUCUUCUUUGAUGGGAUUAGUGAUAUCCCAUUCGUCUGCAGCUCCAACAGAGAUGGCAUAGAGGUGUAAGAAGGAAAAGAGCUCCAUUCUGUCGUGGUCACUGUUACAAGGAGAAUGAAAAUAGCCAGGCAAUACGUGGUUUUCCUUAAACUACAAGCUAUUAGCUCCCGAGUUGGGGAUGUGAAAAUAACAACGAAUUUCAUUUGAAAAAAAAAAAAGAAAAAAAAAAAGCGUAAUGAUUUCUGUUACUAGUAAAUAAGAGAAUUGGUCCAUCAAUUCAAAAGUAUUAUUGGGGACUUUGAUGGUCCAAGUUAAAUUGUACAAGCUUUUUGCAACAUUGGAAAGAUUUGCAAGGUAAUCAGAUCCAAACGA